UUGUGUGUUAUAUUGGGGAGCAGUUUGGUCAGAGCUCAGACCCAAACGUGCACAUCAGGCGUAUGCGGCUGCUGUCUCAUCACCAAACAGCUAGAACGCAUGAAUCAGUUCUUUGACAUGUCCUACGACCACUUGGCUGGUGAGCUCUCCGCCGCCAAGCAGGCUCUCAACUCCAUCAGAGCAUCUCGCACAUCUUUCUCAGCGGUCCUCAAUUCCCCCACACAGGACUGCAGUAACCAGGUGGCGAGCAGCAGCCCGGCGCGUGUCAAAUACAACAUCGUCAGAGUCAACAUGGGCAGCCACUAUGACUCCAGUAACGGGCAGUUCACUGCACCUCGUAAAGGGGUGUACAGUUUUGCCAUCACCCUCUACAACCUGGGCAAAUAUAAGUCGUGCGCCGCCCUUAUGGUCAAUGGGAGCGUCAAGUACACCCUGAUGGAGAAAAUUUCCGCUGAUACACAAGAUAGUGCCAGUGUGUCGCUCACUCUGUCCCUGCAGGCUGGAGACGUGGUAUAUGUGGAGCAGCCCGCCGGCUGUGUCAUGUGUGCUCAUGACAAUCUCUACAAUACAUUUACUGGUUAUCUCCUGUACACAACAGACUGAGCUCGCUGUCUGAUGAUGUCUUCUUCAAUUAAAUACAUGUAGUUUGUGAUCAUAUAUUCAGUAAUUGUACCUGUCCAAAACUACCCGUGUACUGAAUGAUGGAACCUGUGUUGGUUAUAAUUCUUUUCUCACAGUAAGUUGUAAUCAAAGUACUAAAUGUGCAAUACAGCGUGUCAGCUUUAAUAAACCACAAUGAAAAUCA